AUGGCCGGCCCGGCCCCCUGUCCGUCCGUCUGUCCGUCCGCCCGCCCGUCCGUCCGCCCGAACUUCCGGCCCCCCCGUCCCGCUCCCGCUCCCCCCCGGAAACUACAGCCCGCACACAGAGUUCCGCCGCCCAGGACAGAGCCCGAAGGGGCCGGCCAGGGCCAGGGGCUCGGCUGGGGCUCGGCUGGGGCUCGGCUCCGCUCGGCUGGGGCUCGGCUCCGCUCGGCUCGUCUCGGCUCGCCGGGGUCUCGCCCGGGCUCCGGCUCCUGCUCCGGCUCGGCUCAGCCCCGCCCGCCCGCCCUCCGGCCCUCCGCCUGCCCUCCGCCUGCCCUCCGGCCUCCCCGCGGCCCUCCCUCCCCGGGGCCCUGCCCGGCGGCGGCCGCCGCUAGGAGAAACAGUGCUUUGCACAUAAGCCGUUCCCGGGAGAAGACGGGCCGGCCGGCCCCGCGGCCCGGUCCCGCGGAGACCGCAGGAGAGGGCGAUCCCGCCGAGCGACGCCGGGGGACGCUGGGGUCGGUCUGGACGGCGUCGGGGGGGCCCGAGACCCGAGAGGACCGGCCGAAGGCGGAGCGGGGCGCCUUUCCCCCGACGGGGAGGGAGACGGCCUUCCCCGCACCCCCCUGGCCUCCGGUCGGGGCCUGGGGGCCCCCGGCGGGGAAACUGAAGCCGUCCCAGCCGAAAGGCGCGUUCCCGUUCGCGGGCAUGUCGGAGAGCUGGGCGCAGCCCCCGGCGGCGGCCCCGCCGGCCCCGGCCCACCACGCGCCCGGGGCGGCCGCGGUCCUGGCGGAGCACGCGCUGCCCCCGAACCCGGGCGAGAACCCCCUGGGCUGCGCGGUGUACGGCAUCCUCCUGCAGCCCGACCCGGGGCUGCAGCCGCCGCCGCCCCCCCCCGGCCCGCCCAAGUGCGCGGUGUGCGGCCACGACCUGGCCCACCCGUCCGACCCCCACGAGCACCAGUGCCUGCCGGGCCACGACCGAUCGUUCCAGUGCACGCAGUGCCUGAAGAUCUUCCAGCAGGCCACGGACCUGCUGGAGCACCAGUGCGUCCAGGCGGAGCAGAAGCCCUUCGUCUGCGGCGUCUGCAAGAUGGGCUUCUCGCUGCUGACCUCGCUGGCCCAGCACCACAACGUGCACAGCGGCAACGCGGCCAAGUGCUCCGUCUGCGACAAGGCCUACAAGCCGGCCGAGGCGGAGCCCCCGCCGCCGCCGGCCGCCGACCACCCCGCCGAGAAGCCCUUCGGCUGCCCGGUCUGUCAGAAGCCGUUCCGGCACCUGUCGGAGCUGUCCCGGCACGAGCGGGUCCACACGGGCGAGCGGCCCUACAAGUGCACCCUGUGCGACAAGAGCUUCAGCCAGUCUUCUCACCUGGUCCACCACAAGCGGACGCACAGCUCGGAGCGGCCCUACAAGUGCCCGGUCUGCGAGAAGACCUUCAAGCACCGCUCGCACCUAGUGCGCCACAUGGACGCCCACUCGGGCGAGCCCCUGUUCAAGUGCGACGCCUGCGAGCUGCACUUCAAGGAGUCGGCGGAGCUGCUGCACCACCCGUGCACGCCCAGCGGCGAGCGGCCCUUCCGCUGCGGCGAGUGCCAGAAGGCCUUCCGGCGGCCGUCGGACCUGCGGCAGCACGAGCGGACGCACAGCGAGGCCCGCCCCUUCAAGUGCGACCUGUGCCAGAUGAGCUUCAAGCAGCAGUACGCCCUGAUGCGCCACAGGCGGACGCACAAGAGCGAGGAGCCCUUCCGCUGCGACCUGUGCGACAAGGGCUUCGGCCAGCCCGGCCACCCGCUCUACCACCAGCACGUGCCCGGCCUGGAGAGCCUCUUCAAGUGCAACGUCUGCCAGAAGGGCUUCGACCAGUCGUCGGAGCUGCUGCGGCACAAGUGCGCCCAGCCCGCCGCCGAGCGGCCCUUCAAGUGCCCCGCCUGCAGCAAGGCGUACCGGCGGGCCUCGGCCCUGCAGAAGCACCAGCUGGCCCACUGCGCCGAGAAGCCCCUCAAGUGCACGCUCUGCGAGCGCCGCUUCUUCUCCUCCUCCGACUUCGUCCAGCACCGCUGCGACCCGGCCCGCGAGAAGCCCCUCAAGUGCCCCGACUGCGAGAAGCGCUUCAAGUACGCCUCCGACCUGCAGCGCCACCGCCGCGUCCACACGGGCGAGAAGCCCUACAAGUGUCCCGCCUGCGAGAAGGCCUUCAAGCAGCGCGAGCACCUCAACAAGCACCGCGGCGUCCACGCCCGGGAGCAGCAGUACAAAUGCAUGUGGUGCGGGGAACGCUUCCUGGACCUCGGGCUGCUGCAGGAGCAUAGCGCCCAGCACACGGCCGAGGGGGCCUACCAGGUGGCCGCCUGCCUGCCCUGAGCGGACCGCCCGCCGGGGCCGGCCGGGGGGCGCCCCGGAUUGCACGCGGAACGGCCCCGCUCCCCCUCCUCCGC